UGUACGCUGAAGAGCAAAACACUGUUGCACUCAUGUUUUUGUUAAUUUCUGACUUUGUUUGGGAAGCAUUUGGCAUAUGCACUUCAAGUAGUUUUCGGUUUACAACUUCCAUGGCAGCCACCACAGCUCCCCUUGAGCCUAAAGCCCGCCUGGUUUGCUUUUGUUUGUUUUCUACUCCCGCUUUGGAUUUGAAGAGUGGUUAUGGAAAUAUGUUGGCAAAAAUGUUGUCGCCACCACAAACUUCAUAGCGUACGGCAAUUGAUUGCUCAAGAAAAAGACUGCUUCGUUUUUCAUCUGUAAUAGAUGUUUUUGAAAUCACAGUUCAAGGGAAGAAAUUAUGGCCGAAGUGUUUGUUUACGAGCAGGUUGUUAUUUUGAUAUCCUGUGCCCUCUCUUUCUUGGGAUCUCUGUUGAUUAUAUUAACUUAUAUUAUUUGGGCUGAUUUGAGAACUACUCCAAGAAAACUGCUGGUGUUUCUGUCCGUCGCUGACCUAUUGUCUGCGGUCUCUUACGCUUAUGGAGUUUGGAAGAUUUUUGACGGAGACUCCUUGGAUUGUAUCGUGCAAGGAGCAAUCUCUACAUUUGCCAACACAAGUUCAUUUUUCUGGACGGUUGCCAUCGCGAUUUACCUGUACAUUUUCAUCGUGAAAUCCAGUCAGAGACUGGCCGACAGUCUGGUGCUCUACUUUCAUUUGGUCAGCUGGGGGUUGCCUCUGGGUAUCACCGUGGCCGCCCUCUGCCUUCAUAAGAUCGGCUACGAUGCCUCGGAGGUGUCUGUGGGCUGGUGCUGGGUCAGCAUCAAAGCAGAGGACCACGUGCUGUGGAUGCUCCUGACAGGCAAGAUCUGGGAGUUCCUGGCCUACGUCAUGCUGCCGGUGUUCUACCUUCUCAUCAAGCAUCACAUCCACCGGGCUCAUGCUGCGCUGUCUGAAUAUCGGCCCAUCCUGGCCAGCAGCCCCACGUCCAACUCGCUCACGUCCAUGGCGGACCGCAAGCUGACCCUCAUCCCGGUCAUCUUCAUCUUCCUGCGUAUCUGGAGCACCGUGCGCUUCGUGCUCAUGCUGGCCGGCUCCCCGGCCCGUCAGCACCCCGUCCUGGUCACUUUACAUGGCAUUGGAAACACUUUGCAGGGAGCGGCCAACUGCAUCAUGUUUGUGCUGUGCACUCAGCCCGUGAGAGCCAGACUGGCCAACCUCCUCUGCUGCAGAGGCCAAUCCAGGGCACGGGGCGCCGAGGCCCAGCGCAGUGGAGGGGACGACACCCCCUCGCACGCGGAGGACAACGGCACCCGCCGGUAGUUGGACGAGGAGAGACUGAGAGCAGGGAAUGGAAUGGAGGAUAUUGACUCGGUAGCUCUUUGCAACAAAGACAAGAGAGAGGGGGGGUGGGGGAGAGAGAGAGAGAGAGAGAGAGAGAGAGAGAGAGGAAGCGAAAAUAAAACAGGCAGACAAGAGGGAGAGGGAGGAGUGGAAUCGACUCUUAGCCGUAAGCCCCCAUACUCAACUCUCCCCCUGCCUCCCACAGUCAUCUCGGCAAGUGCCUUUAAGGAUUAAUGGAGAGACUGCAGUCACAUGUGCACAAAGGCCCGAGACACAAAUGCACUUUACAUUAUGAGGGUAGCAGUGGAGCAUUUUUGUAAGGCUCCGUUUUGAUAUUUCACAAAGACAAGGGCGUCUUUUUGUGGGUCUUUUUAACUUUGCUCUUCUCAUAUCACUUGAUAUAGGCACUCUGGGUUUGUAAGUCUCUACUGCUUUAGCCUUAAAUGGAGACCUCUUCCUCUUUCACUGAGGUAACCUUAGCUUUAGUAGUGUGAACAUCUAUGAGUGUGGUUUUAUUCUGCGACCAAUGUGGCUCAAGUACUGUAAACAGUCAGCACACAAGACGUUGAUCUUGUCGAGUUUGACACUAGUCUAUGCAAAUGAUGUGUACAGUUUGAGUUUUUAUUUGCUAAUAUCUUUCUUUUUUGUCCACCUGCUUCCAAAACACAAAUCAACCCGUCAUUAUGUGCUGUAUCAAACUAACGAUGUGCUGUAAAGAAGUGUUGCCAUAUUAUUUAUGCAUGUGAUGGUCUUAGUAUCUGUUUACAUAAAUGCUGUUUGUAGUCAGUCA